GAAAUACGUCUAGUCAUUCCAAACUCUCAACGUGUAAAUCGCGGAAAUUACGUAAUCAAGGAUAUGGUUGAUGCUUGUAGAGCGAACGAAGUCACGGAUCUGAUAAUAUUACACGAACAUCGCGGUGAACCUGAUGGAAUGGUGAUCUGUCACUUCCCGUAUGGUCCCACCGCUUAUUUCUCUCUUCACAAUGUCGUGCUGAGGCACGAUAUCCAAGACCAGGGCACUGUUUCUGAAGCGUAUCCUCACUUGAUAUUUAACAAUUUUACUACCAACUUGGGUCGCCGUGUGACAAGCAUCCUCAAAUAUUUAUUCCCAGUACCAAAGGAGGACA